GCAGAUAUUUAUACCAAGACACAGAUUGACAUUGAAGAAAUGGAAAUGUUUGAGAAACAAAAAACAUCUGCAGUUUCAGGAGUAGAUUUUAGUAGAAAAGGCUCAAUAGAUGUUAAAAUUAUCGAUUUAUCAAUAUUCAUUAAUAAUCAGAAAGACUAUUUUACUACCAGUUCUUGUUCGGGAAGAAUAAUUCUGUUUGAUGACAGUGUAGGUGAAAGUGAUAAAGUAACUAACAAACAGGGAUGUCAGUGGUUAUUUACAAGUCAUGAUUUAGUAGACAAAUCACAAAUGCUGCCUGUUCUACAAGACAUCACUGGGGAUUGUGUAUUUAAGUUUGAACCAUUUGUACUACAUGUACAGUGUAGAACAAUUGAUUUUGCUCAGUUGUUGCUUCAAUGUGCAGUCCAGUCUGGCUUUAGAAAUUCAGGAAUCAGUCUUGGAAAGAAAGGAAAAUAUGUUGUUGGAGUAAGAAGUACACAUUCUAUGGAGGUACCAUUGUCACAAUCUGGUCAAUUACUGGUCUCAACAGAGUAUGUUGAAUAUUUAAUCAGUCUUGCAAAUAAAAAGAUGGAAGAGAACUUCAGAAGGAUUGAUAGGUUUUUUGAAAACUUGAAGUCAGCUUUAUUACAAAAAUCAGAUGACAAUCAUAUAGGAAAACCAUGUAAGGAGGAAGUCAAAAAGAAAUUUCUUGAAAAAUUUGGAGGAAAAGUGGAAUCUGUGUCAUCAAAGAAACAAACACUAAAAGAUCAGGAAAAUGUUGAAUCUAUCAAUACAGACAAUACAGAUACCCUGAAAUCUUGUGAUCAUAUUACAAAACAUAAUGAUUUUUUAGAUAAUGAUAUAUUAGGAUUGUCAUUAUUUGAUGAUGAAGUGACUUAAAUUAAAUUAUGUACAAACAUUUUUUCAGCUUUUUGAAAAUAUUCUAAUGGCAGACUAAAUUAAAUAUUUGCUUGUUUGAUUGUCUUGAUGUUGAAAAUGAUAGGUGAAAAUAAUAUUCACCCACUGUUCACAACAUAUAUAACAUGGUAAACAUUUGUAUUGUUUACCUUGGUAAAGGACCAGUGUAAACUAUUGCCAUAUGUCUUUUGGGUGUUCUUUAGCUGUAUCCAUUGUAUGUGCACUUGAAAUUAUUUGUUUAUCAUCUCCAGUGAAACUGUUGGUCUAAAUUGAUUAGAAAUUGGAAAAAAAACAGUUUGUAGAGGGUAGCAAGUUUUUGUCAAUUUCACUAACAUAAAAGGUAACUUAUGGUUUGAAUGGGUCAAUUUCAUUUAUUUGCACCUUUGAAAUUACAAGAAAAAAUCUUUUCAAACAAGGCAAAUAUUUUUUUGUUGCUAAAACACUACCUGUGUUUUGUUAGUUGCUGCAUACAUAUAAAGGCAGCACACAUUUUAAGUAAUUGUCUGUAUUGCCUGCGACAAAAAUCACAAUUUACAAAACAUAUGGAUUGUAGUAGGUUAAUGGUGACAAAUAUUUGUAAAAAACUUUUU